AUGAAGAUCAAGCAGCAGCGCGUGACUGGAGCGACUGCAGGUACUGGUGAGAGGGAUCUAGAGGAUCUACUGCUGAAGACUCAAGGCGGACUUGUCCUACUACGUGAGCUGCACAGCCGUCGAGAGGAACAGUGGAAGACCGUCCUUGAGCACUAUGGCUACGAGCACUCUUCCCUCAAAACUGCAAGCAGUGAGACACAAGAACAUGGUCCGGAGCCCCCACCGCCACAGCAGCAAGUGGCGAGGCAGCCGCAAUGGCUGCAGACGCUCGCCUCGAAGCUGUUGGCCUUGAAUCAGCAGGUGGCGGCCACUUCUCACUGCGCUCUGAAGCGAUCACAGCUGACGCUGUCACCCGUUCUGGUCAAGCAGCGCGCUCAAGCGCUGGAGACGCACCACCGACUGCUCCACGCGGUGGACUCCGCGUCUUCAGCCCCCGACUCCAUUGUGACGGUGGACGAUGUGAAUAAACUGCUGCAGUUCAACUACUUGAAGCACCAGCAGGCCGUGGUGCUGGAGCGAUUCUGCACUCGUCUCAAGUGGCUGCCCGUGAGCCACCGCUUCCACCUCCGACAGCGCAUGCUGGCUCUGAUCCACCAGCAGAAAGUGAAGAACACGCCACGCCCCAGCGCAUCAACAGCUUACAACAACAGCAAGGAUCACAUCCACUGUCCGCUCUUCAUGAUGUCGACGUCUCACUUCAUGGCGGAGCUGAAAACCUUGGCGCUAAACGCGUUCCCGCUUGAUAGUUCCAUCAACUUGGAUGCGACUUUGGAGCUGGAUUUGGAGUCGGUAGUGCACGCGUACACCAGGAAUUCUCGGUGGGAGCUCAUCCAACGUGGCUACCUUAGCAACUGCGAGCCUAGCCCCGGAGGCAUCGAGGAGACCUUGAUCGCGCUUCGCAAUGACCACAAGAUUGACUCACUCUUGGCGAACGAGUGGGAGCUGCUCGGUCUUGACGACGUCGGGUAUCUCCGUGUGAGACUCGAGGCGCUCUCCAGAGCACACAUGAAGCGCGCCAAAGUGGACCCGAAGUCUGGUCCACCCCACGCCUGGAAUCCCGACGCGCUGUAUUCUCUCUAUGUGCUGCGUGUGUCUUCAUGUCGAACCAAGCGGUUGAGCUUGUUGCGCCUGUUGAACUAUCUCCACUUCGUCCAGCUCCGCCAAACCACUAAAGAAGAUCUCGACGACGAAGACGACGAUAACUACAACGGACCUCAAGAGUUCAUCUUUGCAGCUGCACGGCGCGACUUCGAAGUGCUGGAGCUUCAGAUGCUGCGGAUAGCAAGCAUCUUCAUCUUCAAGCAGGAGUACGAUAGCCUCCCUACAUCCCCACGCAGACGCAAGAACGGGACCGACCAGGAUUCGGACAGCGUCGUGACGACCAUCGAGCGGCUGCAGGUGCUUCGAGACGUCUACGACUGCGAGGUGGCAUUCCAGCAGGCCAAGGUGCAGUUAGUUGAGAGGCUCCUCGAGUUUGGGCUUGACUUUGCUCCAAGAGCUCGAGACUUUAGCGAGCUUAACCUGACACCUCCAGGAGAUGAACCCGAACCAUUCACCGCUAUCCUGUCCCCACUGCUGCAACGACGACCGCUUAUCGACUUCUCGCACGCGUACUUCUUCGAGAGCUACGCGGCGGAGACGCUCCUGCUGGAGCUCCAAGCUUCACUCAUACAGCAAGUGGCUCAACACUUCCAGCGUCUAGAAUGGUGCGCGCUCAAAGAGUUCGCUUUCAGUGACGAGAGCAAUGAGGAAGACGAUAAACGGCAGUGGGUUUGUCGCCAGAUCUUGGGCUCUCGAGCGUUGGUGCAGCUCUACGCUCACCAAGAAGAGCUGGUGCGUCAAACCGACGAGAAAUGGUUCACUGGCACCUCCAUCGGCGACUUCCACUCUCUCCAGCACGUUCUUCUGGAGCACACGCUCGUCAUCUGGUCGCUGAUCACCAAGCUGGAGCUCCCCGGAAGACCCGUAAACUGUCUGGAGCGAACUGCAGGAGAUCUGUUACUCGGAAGUGGGUGGCAACUUGUUCUCCCCCCGCAGCUACUAUCCGACGUGUGCAGAACAAUCCACGAGCAACCAAGUGCGUCACGUCCGCUCGUUGAGUGCCUCGCUAGAGCCAUCGAGCUGGACGCAUGGCGUCAAAAGCUCACACGAAGCGUCUACGAAGCUCACCUGCUUGAACUCGUGCACAGAUUCCAGUUUGGCUUUGUGAAGCAAAUCGCAGCGUUCGAUACGGUAGUUGGGGGAGAGCAAGCGCGGCAUCUACCGUUCUUCUUCGACUUCGGCGACUGCGACCGCACUAAAUCUCUCCAGCCUAUUGCAGUAGAGCUGGAGACGCCCAUGUUCCACGCUACAUCGGCUUCAAAGCUUGCUGCUCUGCCGAAGCAUUCGGAAGCGUGGAGGACUUCGCUGCUGUCACUUCAGGAGCAGUACGUGGCGUACAUGACGGUGAUCGUGAGCUACCAAGACGCCGUGGGUGCUGACGUGUACGAGUUUGCGGCGUCGUAUCCGUACGUAUGCCUGGCCAACUCGCUCACUCCAGAAUCCUCCUCUUCAUCCGACGAGAACUUGACGCUAGCCAUGGACAUCAACACCGUCCGCACGAAAUACGCCAAAGAAAUAUCCGACAAGAUGACGGAGGAGAUGCGGACGAGCUGCUUCCCAUACUGGAAACGACUCGAGAACCUCAAGCAGCAGCUACAAGAACGC